AUGAUUGAUGGCAUUCAAUCCAUUCCUGGUAAUCCAACCGCUGGUUGGGUACUGUAUGGUCCCACGUCUUCUCAACCUUCAGAGUCUUUCGCUACCUCCCUCCAUGUACAUUGCAACAUCAGUUCAACACUCCAAAAGUUCUGGGAAAUAGAAGAAGUUUCAUCUACUGUCCAUCUCGAUCCGCAGAAUAUGUUGGUGGAGGAGCACUUCCUUCGGACCCAUUCUCGAGAUAAAGAUGGGCGUUAUAUAGUAGCGCUUCCUUUCAAACCAAACGCAACUCCCCUCGGAUCAAAUCGUUCAAGUUCACACUCUUCGUUCGAACGUCUUGAAAAAAGACUCUCGAAGCAACCAGAAAAAUUCAAUUCUUAUCAGAACUUCAUGACAGAGUACCUGAAUCUCGGUCACAUGUCCAUCGCUACCUCCACUUCUUCGUAUGUAAUCCCACAUCACGCUGUAAUGAAAGAGACAAGUUCCACUACAAAAUUGAGAGUGGUGUUCAAUGCUUCCGAUCCAGACUAG